UAAAAGCAUUUGAUUCAACUUUGUUUCCUGAUGAAGAAAUUGAAAAAGACCGUAUUGGAACUACUGAAAGAAGAAUCGCUGUUAAUAGAUUUAUUACAAGUAAAACCCGUUUUUUUGAAAACAAAUGGAGAUUUGUUAAUGAACAGUCUCAUAUUCUGAAAGUUCGCUACUUAAUCCAUGAUAAAAUUCAAAGCAAAGAAAUGAAUCCUGAUGAGGUAGUGUUCAUUUCGGAUGAUGGAGAUGAACAUACUAUAAUUUCGGUGUUUCUAAUGUAUUUCAAAGAAAGUUUGGAUAAUUAUUUUAAAUUAAAUGUUUCUGUUAGUAUAGAUGAGAUCACAGAUGAAAAUAAUAAGAAAUUAUUUUAUAAAGGGAUGUUAAGGACUAUGUUGAGCAUCUACAACGCGUACAUAGGGGAUAUCAAUGCGAAAAUAAAUGCACGCAGUUUUAUUGAAUUAAUGAUGAAUAGAGCAGAGGCCAUACUGCAAUCAAACGAAAAUAAAAAGACUACUGUUUUAUCAGUGUUUAAUUUACUAGUAGACGAAAAAGAAGAAAAAAUUACUGAAAUACAAUCAUGUUCAGAUCCAAAAAUUGAAGAAGACAAAGACAAUAUUUUUACUAAAGAUUAUAUGACCCAAUAUAAUGAAAAAGACACGCCAGAGAAAGCUGAUUGGAAAAGUAUUUUAAAGCACCUUGUAAUUAAUAGAUUGGGGAUAAAUGAAAAAUUGAUAAAUGUUGAAGAGGAGUAAAUGUAAGAUUAAAAAACCGGUGACUAAACAUCCGACGAAAGUACGAUUUAAAAAUAUAUACCUCAACAUAUUCAAUAAUUAUAAUUAAAUAUAAUUUUUAUAGUAUUUUAGUAUACUCAUUAAUAUGUAUCUUUAAAAUUAUUAAAAUUUUACUAUCUGCAGUCAGAUAAAUUGAUAUGAUUUAAAGUUUAAUCCUAAAACAAAAUAUAAAUGUUUAAUAAUAAUCAUUGUUAUAGUAUAAGAUUAUAAAUUAUUAUUAUAUUGCAAGAAAUAAAUUAUAUUUUAUUUUAUUCAUACAUUAAAAAUAUAAUAGUGUGGUAUAUG